UAUUUGCAUGCGUCGGACGCGAAUGUGGCACGUAGCUUUGAUAAGGAAGUAAGAGCGGAGCAGCGACCAAGAGAGAGGGAAAAAAAAGUCUUUCGACGAGCACGACGACGAAGAAGAAGCGGUGAGCAGCAGCGAGUGUUGGCCGCGCCAUGAGUAAGCAAGGUUCAGGUUCUCAGCAACCAAGUUAUCCAAGACAGGCAAUGGCGGUGCCACCCCAUUAUGUUGCUGCUGCCCAUUAUCCUCAGCCGCCACCUUAUUCUGGCCCAUCUCCAGCUUAUCUGCAGGCUCAACAACAGUUAGGAUAUGUCCAGGCUUCAUCUGGCGUGAGUGCUGGCCGUCCAGGUGACUAUUAUGUGCCAGUCACUGCCUCGAUACAAAUGAAUGGAGGCAGGGCCGUCAUGCCUGUGGGGUACUAUGUCGUGCCACAAAUCAUCCCUCAACAAACUGCUAUGAUGGCGGAAGGAAGAUAUGAUGCUGGUGCCAGAUUUGGGACAGGAGCAUCUCUCAAUCUCCCGCCACCACCACCUGGUUGUCCUCCCAGCGCAGCUCAGCUCGCAGCCAUGCAGGGUGGCAAUGUCGUCCUAUCCCAAAAAAAAGGAAACUGGGUUUCCGGAGGUUCUGAUGGUGGUUACACUAUGUGGUAAUUAGAUGAAAGCCCGAACAAGAACAUGCAGUGGAAGAAGCAAUUAGCUGUGCCAUUUAUUUAGACCAGUAUUGGGUGUUUUGCAAUUGCUUAGCCUUGUAGUAUCUUUUAAAAGCAUUUUCUUCAAACACAUUUUUUGGGGGGGGGGGGGGAAUUGUUGCCUAAUGCAACAAAACAGAUUGAAUGGUGGAGAAGGGGAAAGAGAUGUGAACAAAAAUUUUUUUUUGCUUUUUGUGUUUAAGAAUUAAAACAAAGAAAAAUCUAAACAAUCAAUAAGUAGCGCCAUUUAAGAUGAUUCGGUGUUGACAUGUAUCAGACAGCGGCACUAAGAUCACAAACUGCUGUGUCUCAUGCUAUAUUUCUGUGCUGAUUUGGCCAUGGCAGACAUAUGCAAGUAACGUCUGCACAGUGAUUGUAUGCAUAUUGCUGUUCAACAAGAAAAAUUAAGUGAUAAAAUGUCUUUUAGUUUUAUUACAAAAUGCAAUUUUGGUGGAUAUUAAUGCCAUGUCCAGUGGAUUUAAUUGCGCUAAUUACUGAGGUCUGAAAGCCUGAGCUUUUUAUAACAUGCUAAGUGCACCUGGAAUCUUUUCCUUGGUCUAAUUGCGCAAAUAAUAAUCAUUUGAAGGAGACGCAUUUAUUUCUCCUCUGCUCUGCGUACUUAUUGAACAAUCACAUUAUCGUAUUUUGCUAUCUGAUUUUGCCCAGACUGUCAAAAGCAAUGUUUGUGACAGUGCUUUUGGCAGCUCGCUCAAAUCUCUCGAAGAGUACUUCAAUUAUUUAGUUUCACUAUCUCCGCCAGUCUCUUGGCUCUUUCGUUAUCACAGAUUUCACUUUGUGCUUUGAUCCCAAGGGGAGCAGUGUUGGCCAAUAAUUUGAACUUCUAAAGUACACUGCUGAUUUGAAUUUGCUGUUUAAAAGUCGAAGCGACAAUUCUGAAAAUCAACGGCCCACUUUUAAAGUUGGGAAGCGCAACCUCAGUAAAAGGACCCUGAGAUCUUUGGAACUGUCACCAGUACAAGCUUGUGUUGUUCUGCAUAAUGUUUCCUGUAACCCAGAUGCUUUGUUUUCUUUCUGCUGUGUACAAGAAGCUGGCAGCUUUGUGUGGCUAAAGAUAAAAAAUUUAAGCUUGCGUGUUAUAGAAAUGUAAUCUUGGUCAAUUAGAGAGUAGGCACUCAUGAUUAAACUGUAUUGGAUAAAUGUAUUAAAAAAAAUUCAAACUUUAA